AGUAGCUAUAGCUGCAUAUUACCUCAAGGAGGAAGCUGACUUUUGGUGGUCGCAGCAUAAGGAGACGUUAAUGGCAAGGCCUGACUUUGAUUGGAAGGCUUUUGGAGUAGCUAUGAAGGAGAAAUUUUAUCCCAAUUUCUUGAGGAGGCAAAAGGCCACUGAGUUUGAUGAGUUGAAGCAAGGUGACAUGACUGUGGAGCAGUACUAUGAGAAGUUUGUAGGAUUGAUGAAGUUUGCUCCAGAGUUAGUACCUACUGAGGAAAGAAAGGCAAUUAGGUUCGAGACUGGACUUAGUCUUGAGGUGAAGCUUGGGCUAGGAGGUUCAACUUUCAGGACCUUAGAGGAAGUGUACGAUAGAGCUGCUCAUUUAGGUUCUUAUUUGAAACAAGCUGGAGUUGAGAGCUCGAACAAUAAGAGGAAGGAGAAUCCUAGUCAGAAUUUCCAGAGGAACGACAAGAAGUUCAAGCCUCAAAAUAACUUUCACCAAGGAGGACAAUCUAAUGGCCAAAGGAAUGGAGGCCAAUAUCAACCACAGAAGGGUGGAAAUGGUUCUAAUAAGGGAAAGAAAGGAGACGAACGCGUGUAUUUCUGCAAGAGGUGCCCAUACAAUCAUCCUGGAAAGGAUUGUGAAGGAAAGCUGGUGGAGUGUAACUAUUGCCACAAAUUGGGUCACCGAGAGUAUGAGUGCUUCUCCAAGAACCCUGAGUUGAAGACUGACAAGGGCAAGAGCGGAAACCAAUUUGGUCAGGGUAAUCGAAACCAUCAGGAGGCAACAACUAUCAAGGUGGGAACAAGCAAAAUGGGAACAACAAGACUGUUUUGAGUGGAGCUGGUCCUAGUGUGCCUGCAGUGGCAAGAUUGAAUGUCAUAAGUGCUAGAGAAGCUGAGACGUCCAAGGACGUAGUUACGGGAAGAUCUUGCAAAUAUCAAAGGGAAGCAAAGAGGUUUCAAGAAUAAUUAAAGCCAGUCAAACUUUGACUGUUGAUUUUUGUGUAAUCAAGAGUUUAGAGAAGAAGUUGCAGGUACAAGUUCUUGAUGUGCAUGGAAAUCAUAAGCAUCCGGAUGGAGUUUUAGUACACGAGUACUUUCUUAUUUAAGUUAUCUUGAAUUUUAUAUUUGACUUUACUUGACCAAUGGGGUCAAGGUUUGACUUUUGAAUAUGGGACU